AUGGCGAGCAAAGCCACCGUCCCCUUCCUGGUCACGAUGAUGCUCGUGACUGGGGUUUGCAAUACAAUCCUCAACAAGUAUCAGGAUAUGCAAUGUGUUCGCAAUUGUGACUCUCCGGACCCCAAGUAUCGUCACACCUUCGAGCAACCGGUGAUCCAGACCAUCCAGAUGUUCAUCGGCGAGAUGGGCAGCUGGCUUGUCGUAUUAUUUUCAUAUCUCUACCAGCGCUACAUCGCUCCUCGCUUGUCUAGCAACUCCUCCCCUCUGCUGGCGGGCGGUUAUCAUCCCGUCCACAAUGAUGAUGGGCUUGACGAAGAAGAGGAAGACUACACGAUUCGGGGCCCCGAAUAUCUUCGUGAUUCCACCAAGCCCGAUGAAACACCUGAUGGGCGCAUUCGUCUCCAAGGAUGGAGGAUCUUCCUCCUUGCAGCACCGGCUUGCUGUGACAUCGCGGGUACUACUUUGAUGAACGUCGGGCUGCUGUUCGUCGCCGCUAGUAUUUACCAAAUGACCCGGGGAGCCCUCGUCCUCUUUGUUGGUCUCUUCAGUGUGAUCUUUCUCCACCGCAAACUUCACAUCUACCACUGGGCUGCACUUUUUGUGGUCGUUCUUGGCGUUGCGCUGGUUGGCCUUGCCGGCGCCCUGUUCAGCCAGGGCCAUGAAUCUGUCCCGGAGAAUGCAGCAGCGGCCAUUACACAUGCUCUUCGAGAAGUGCAGACCACUGCACGAACUCCAGAAGCCGUGCAAACACUGAUCGGUGUUCUUCUCAUUGCCGCAGCGCAGAUCUUCACCGCUUCACAGUUCGUGCUCGAGGAAUGGAUCCUGGAACAUUACGCCAUGGACCCUCUUCAGGUUGUUGGCUGGGAGGGUAUCUUUGGGUUCAGUGUGACUGUCAUCGGCUCGAUCAUCAUGUACCUGGCUGUCGGACGGACCGAGGCAGGUCGCUAUGGCUACUUUGACGCAAAGGAAGGCUGGCGCCAAAUUCUCCACAACCGGCCAAUCGCCAUCUCCAGCUUCCUGAUCAUGAUCAGCAUUGGCGGCUUCAAUUUCUUUGGGCUUUCCGUUACUCACACCGUUUCGGCUACAUCGCGUAGUACUAUCGACACGUGCCGCACCCUUUUCAUUUGGCUUGUCUCUCUAGCCUUGGGCUGGGAAACUUUCAAAUGGCUCCAAGUGGCCGGCUUUGCUCUGCUCGUCUACGGAACCUUCCUUUUCAACGAUAUUAUCCAGCCCCCGCUCAAGGCUUGUCUUCCUCGUGAUCGCCGCGAAAGAGUUAUUCUUCCCGAGGAGCCCAUCGAGCAUAUCUAG